CUCCCGUCUGCCGCAGGAAGCGUUUUGGACCAGAGCCUGGAGAGCCUCCUGCACCGCCUGCGCGGCCUGUGUGACAACAUGGAGCCGGAGACCUUCCUGGACCACGAGAUGGUAAAAAAAAAGGGGCAGCAGGCCAGCCCCUUCGUGCUGCGGGCGCGGCGCUCCAUGGACAAGAGCGGGAUGCCCUGGCACUUGCGCUACCUGGGGCAGCCGGAAAUCGGCGACAAGAACCGCCACGCGCUGGUGCGCAACUGCGUGGACAUCGCCACUUCGGACAACCUGACGGACUUCCUGGUGGAGAUGGGCUUCCGCAUGGACCAUGAGUUCGUGGCCAAGGGGCACGUGUUCCGCAAGGGCAUCAUGAAGAUCGUGGUGUACAAGAUCUUCCGCAUCCUAAUGCCGGGGAACACGGAGAGCAUCGAGCCGCUCUCCCUCUCCUACCUGGUGGAGCUCAAUGUGGUAGCUCCAGCAGGACAGGACAUUGUUUCUGAUGACAUGAGGAACUUUGCUGAGCAACUGAAGCCUCUAGUGCACCUGGAGAAAAUUGACCCCAAAAGGCUAAUGUGAUUGGAAAACUGGGCAGUCGAGGCAUUAGUUUGGUCAGCGUUCCUGAAGAGGGUGUGUUUCUAAACUGCCUCUUGGGGGCAAAUUGAAACAGGGAGAGGGGAAUAAAGGACUACGGAUCCGUGUUUUGUCAACGGCA